CGAAUUAUAGUUGCCGAUAAAGUAACAUAUAAAGUAAGCUGAUAAACCGCUUGCCGCCUCUCUUAGUUCGCACUCCAACGUCUUGGUGCACUCCUCGUCAUGGGGGUCUGUUUCCCGUAGUGUGUUUGACUGUCAGCAUCAGAUAUCUUUUAUCUGCGUGCUCUCAGCUUUCUCAGUUCUUUCACUCUAUUAGUGCUGUUAGUUCUCUUGAAUUUCAAUAAAUUCAACGAUAAUCGAAGUGAAGAUCAAGUGAUAAGAAAUCAUCGUCAGGAAUCGCGUACAAUUAAUCCAAAGUAAAGAUACCAUUUAAGUAUCCAUCAAUGCAUUCCUAAACAGCUAAAAAUAUAAUUUUUCAUUUCGAUAUACCGAACAAACUUUUAUUACCAUCAACAAGUAAAUCAGGCAAUGGAGAGUUACACGUCAGACUCAAGCGAUUCGGACUCAGCGACAAAGACCUUGGAUCUAUCUUAUCUGAUGCUGGACUCCAAAGUUUUGGAUGAGCAUUUUGAAAGCGCCAAUAAUCCUGAAAAUGUUGAAACGAUGCUUCUGCAUCAGAACCGACUGAACCAUAUACCAGGAAGCAUCAUCCGGUUUAUAAAUCUCAGUACCCUGGACAUAUCAAAUUGUGGAUUAAAUUCGUUACCUGAUAUCCUGGGUGACUGUCCUUUGACUUGUCUCGUCGCCAAGAACAACAACCUGACCAACGACAAUUUACCGAAGAGUUUCGAACAUAUCCCCGUACUAAGGGAACUGAAUUUAAGUGGUAAUAGACUCACCGACUUUCCUGAACAGAUUCUCGAACUGACCGCCCUGAAGUAUCUCUACCUAGGAGGAAAUAAUAUAAAUCAGAUCAAAAAGGACAUAUGGAAGCUUCAACGAUUGCAAGUCCUCUCCAUGGGUGGGAACAGGUUGACCGAAGUCCCAUCUACUGUUGGGCAAUUGACCAGACUUAAUGCACUGGUCCUUUGUGAUAACAUGCUCGAAAGUCUCCCUGGCUCGAUAGCCAAUCUGAAGAAUCUAAAGUCUUUGUUACUUCAUAAGAACAGACUCAAGACUCUGCCUACAGAAAUCAUCACUCUGAAAUGUCUGACGGAACUGUCUCUGAGGGACAAUCCUCUGGUAGUGAGAUUCGUCUCUGACAUGACGCACAAUCCGCCGUCUUUGCUGGAAUUGGCGGCCCGUGUAAUAAAGACCAAUGACAUAUUUUACGACGAAGAGAGCGUCCCAAGGAAUUUGAUGAAUUAUCUCAACACAAGUCAUCACUGUGUCAAUCCAAAAUGUCAAGGUGUCUUUUUCGACAAUCGCGUCGAGCACAUAAAAUUCGUCGAUUUCUGCGGCAAGUAUCGUCUACCUUUGCUGCAGUAUCUAUGCAGCAGUAAAUGCAUCGGUCCUCGCGAAGGCGACGAGGAAGUCGUGAGUGGUGCGCUGAUCCGGAAGGUACUACUGGGAUGACAAAAAAGAAAAGUACAGUCAAACGCAACAAACGUACAAGGCAUCCAAAACAGGCGCUCACCAAGAACCUUUAGAUCACGACAAUCGUUAACGUGCAAACUGGAAUUAUGAAUCCGUCUGUAGCCAGCAGCAACGGCAACGACGAUAAACCGAAGGGAAGCAAGACGAAUAAUCGCAUUAAGAUAUAAAUCACGUAAACCGAUUCUAAUGAAUGUUCAAUUAAACAUUUGAAAGUCAAUUUUCAAGUUAGAAGUAAUAAAUGAAAUCGGCAUUGAAAA